CUUUUAACGUAGAUGUGACAAUGCGUCUUCCGACUUGGUCAUGUAGCCCUAAUUUGAGUACCUGUUAGCCUACUUUUGUUGUCGUUCACGAGGGAGGGAUUGCUCACUUUUUUGAUAUGGCUACAACAUUUCUUUAUUCUAUACAUAGAACGGCAUGUCGUUCGAGACAAUGUUUUAUUUCUCACUCCAAUAGGAUGUAUAGUGUCGUGGACUCGCACCUGGCUUUCCACCGCAAUACUUCACUAGUUCCGUUAAGUUUUCUUUCGCAAGCUGAAUGGUCUGCCAAAGGUGCUGGAGUGAGAUACAUGUCAUGCUGGACAGCGGGGAAAAGCAUUGCGGGUCGAUCCAGAAGAGGUGCCCUGUUGCUAGCCGGAGCAGCUGCAGCGGUCGCAGGGUUUGUGGCCAGUGUUUGCCACUUUCAGCGGGCUGAAAUGGCAUCAAGGAUCCCCAAGACCGAGGAGGAAGAAAGUGAUAUUGCAGAGAAAUGCAAGGCCUUCAUGUCGCCACCAGUAACCGAUAUCAAGGUGCUGCAGCAGAGGAGAGGGGAGAUGUGCACAAGGAUGGAAAUGUUGAUCAUGGAGACGCAAGCGGAGUUCUGCAAAGCUCUCGAGAAGGUGGAUGGCGGCACGUUCAAAGUGGACCGAUGGGAACGAAAAGAGGGGGGAGGAGGGAUCAGCUGUGUGCUUCAGGAUGGAAAGGUGUUUGAGAAGGCUGGUGUCAACGUGUCAGUGGUGUUUGGUAAUCUAACUGAAGAGGCGGCCAAGCAGAUGCGCAGCAGAGGGAAGGUCCUUAAGGGGAAAAAUGGGAAGUUGCCAUUCUGCGCCAUGGGUGUGAGCUCUGUCAUCCACCCCAAGAACCCCCACAUUCCCACAGUGCACUUCAACUAUCGAUAUUUCGAGAUUGAGGAAGAAGACGGCUCCAAGCAGUGGUGGUUUGGUGGAGGCACGGACCUGACUCCUAUGUAUGUCAGUGACGAAGACGCAGCAAUCUUCCACAGAACUCUGAAAGGGGCUUGUGACGAGCACCAUCCCCAGUACUACCCAGACUUCAAGAAAUGGUGUGACAGAUAUUUCUACAUCCGCCAUCGAGGGGAGACCCGGGGCAUCGGAGGGAUUUUCUUUGACGACCUGGACUCCCCCAGCCAAGAGGAGGCCUUCAGCUUUGUGAGGAGCUGCGCCCAAACUGUGGUGCCCUGUUAUCUCCCUAUCGUAUGGAAACACCUCAACGACCCUUUCACCCCGGAGCAGAAGGCCUGGCAGCAGGUGAGGAGAGGCAGGUACGUGGAGUUCAACCUGGUGUAUGAUAGAGGGGUUAAGUUUGGAUUGGCCACCCCAGGCUCCAGGAUUGAGAGUAUCCUCAUGUCCCUGCCCCUCACAGCUAGAUGGGAGUAUAUGCAUGAGCCAGCCAAAGGCACCCAGGAGGCGGAGAUGUUGGAGGUGUUACGAAACCCAAAGGAGUGGGUGUGAAUGAAGGCGUUGAGUUGUUGAGUCGACUCUAUGAAAUAGGUCUCAAUGAUGCUGAAACUUCAUGACCGGAAUCAAAAUGAGCACUAUUAUAUAUAUAUAUUUUUUUUUUACUUGCAAGCAUUUAGCAAAUUUAACCAAACUAACAAGAAGAGGUCCUCUCACUCGCUAAAGCUUUUUUCUUAAUGCUUGUCAAAUUAUUGUAUUUGGAUGACACUUUGUGAUUGACACUGAUGAGAUUCUUCCAUCUAACUGUGCCAUUAUUUGGGGGCAAAUUGUAUUUUUUUUUGCCUGUCUUAGUAAGAUGACGCAGUUAGAUACUGCAGACCAGCUUUGAUCUACAGCCACUUGUCCAGAGAAAUGAAAGGGAAAACCGCUCACGAUCACUUUAUAUACUAUUAUGUUUGGAAACAAGUUUCCCCAAAAAUCACAAUCGUUUUUAUAAAUGUGGAAAUUAUUGAAAUAAUUCCACAAUAAAAUAA